AUGAGAAAAGUGCUUUGCACAAAAGAUCAAGUUAGAGCUAAGAUUAAGGUUGGAUUUUGGAGCAUGUGCACGCUUACCUGUUGGUGUUGGGGUAUAUAUCCUUUAUUAGAGGAGGAAAUAAGAUUACCACUAGCAGGAUGGUUCCCUUUUGAUUUAUCAAAUAAAAUUAAUUUUGCCAUUGCUUACAUAUUUUUGAUUAUAGGGGCUUGGUUUAACGGUAUUUGCAAUAUCGCUGUAGAUACACUGCUUUCAGCUUUAAUAAUGGUAGUGGCUGCAGAGCUCACAAUCCUGAAUGAUUCUUUAGAAAAUAUUCGAAACUUUUCAGAAGCAGAAUUGGGAGUAACCUUUAAAAAUUUUGGCGAUAAAGGUGAAGUUUCCCCGGACUUACAAAAGAUAAUGAAUCAAAAAUUAAUCGACUGCAUAGUGCAACACAGGAAUAUUCUAAGAUUUAAUUACGAAUAUCAAAAUGUGUUUUCAAACGUUGUCUUAGCGCAGUUUGUCGGCAGCGUGGUUCUUAUAUGUAUCACCAUGUUUGAGAUGGCCUUGAGCACUAAAUUAACUUACUCAGCCUAUCAUUGUUCUUGGGAAAAUUCGUCUGAAGAAUUUAAGAAAAAUUUAUUAUAUUUUAUGACACGAAGUCAGGUGGACAUCAAAAUUCUCGCCGGAAGCAUUUUUACUCUGAACUUAUCCUGUUUUGUAACAAUAAUAAAAUCUUCGUGGUCCUAUUUUGCCGUUCUCAGAAGCAUUAAUAAUUGAAAUCGAAGAAACAGAAGAUGUAGAAUUUGUUAAGAUUCUCAAAACAUUUCUUUUUUAAUUUUGCUUGUUAACAGAAUCUUGUAACAGUUUAAUAAUUUAUU